CUUUGCCGAAUGGGCUAAGGCAUAGGCAUUAUUCCACUUGGUAAUUACUGUUCUUUAAUUUCUUUAAUUAAAACAAUUACUCUAAUUUUUUUUUCUCCAACCUAAUAAAUUGAAUAUUGAAGCACUUUAAAAAAAAAAAAAUCUGUUGGUUUUCACCGCUCUGUUUCCAUAUUAAUUGAAAACGAGGUCUUUAUUAAAUUCAUACACGAAACAAAGAGAAGAAGAAGAAGAAGAAUGGAUUACCUAGGAAUCGAUUUUAGCUGCGCAAUUGGAUCUCUAAAAAGCGGGAAUCUCCCCCCAAAGGACUGUUUGCUUGCUCUCAUUUCCAAGCUCCUCGGCUACGCCAUCGUCGCCGCUUCUACCACCGUCAAACUCCCUCAGAUAUUAAAAAUUUUGAAACAUAGAAGUGUUAGAGGGCUUAGCGUUGUAGCCUUUGAGCUUGAAGUAGUUGGUUAUACCAUUGCUUUGGCAUAUUGCCUUCACAAAGGACUGCCCUUUUCAGCUUAUGGAGAAUUGGCAUUUCUUUUGAUCCAGGCGCUAAUCUUGGUUGCUAUAAUUUACUACUUUUCACAACCUGUGGGCAUUUCAACAUGGACCAGGGCGCUACUAUAUUGUGCUGUAGCACCAACGGUCUUAUCUGGUCAGAUUGACCCUAUUCUUUUUGAAGCUCUAUAUGCGUCCCAGCAUGCAAUAUUUUUCUUUGCCAGGGUACCUCAAAUAUGGAAGAACUUUUCCAACAAAAGCACUGGGGAGCUCAGCUUCUUAACAUGCUUAAUGAAUACUGCUGGCUCCCUUGUUAGAGUGUUUACCGGUGUCCAGGAGAAAGCACCAACAAGUGUUGUUAUGGGCUCUGUACUUGGUGUCCUGACAAAUGGCACAAUCCUGAGUCAAAUUAUCAUAUAUCGAAAGCCACAAGUCAAGAAGGAGAAGAAAGUAAAGUAAAAGGACACCAUUUUAUAGUUAGACUAUGGUUCAGAUGUUGCAGUAGGUGAGCAAGUGUUGCAACGCCAAGCUAUUUAUCCUUCCAUCAUAUGAUCAUUGGAUCUAUUAAAGUUUCAAUAGAUGUUACAAAGCAUGCAAUUGCUAUCAACUUAUUGUUGACACCAUGGAUUUGAUAGCCUUUAAGAUAAUUUGGUUUAGAUAUUA